GUAAACACAAUACAGACUGAAUGAAAACAAUAUGUUAUAUAAUCGGUUGAUAUUAUGUACUUUUAAAUUCUUAAGUAAUUAAUGCUUUAAUACAAUACAAAUAGUAUCAAGUAGGUACUGGGUAAAAUAAUGGAUAAAGGGAAAGAUGAUGUCGAUGAGGCAAUCAAGCCAUGCAGUGCUUCAGCCAUCUAUUAUGCUGUGAGUAUCUUGGUAGUAAGUUUACUCGGUUUUGGCACGGCAAAAAUAGGUAUUGGUUUGACAAAUCUAAACAACUGUACCAUUGAAAAGUGUAUACCAGUAUAUCUCGUUAUAAGUGGAGUUGCUCCAUUAAUGUUCAGUGGUUUGAGUUGCAAGGGAAAAGGUGUCAUCGAAACUUGUGGCCGGCUGGUCUGUGGGUGUUUUGGGUUCUUUUUCAGUUUUGCUUGGUUGAUAUGCGGAACAGUUUGGGUGUAUCCAACCUACGGUGUUGUUAUGUCUAAAGACUUUAAGGUGUGUCAGGUGAACGAAACAACAGGAUGUUCUCAUGAAGAUUGUGACAAAUACCUACUUAGGUUUGCCGUCGCAAUGGUUUCAAUCGAUUGGCUUCUAUUAGUAAUGUGGAUUGGUCUAAUAUUUUGGUAUAUUUGUAAAGACAACAGAGAAUAAACAUAUUAAUAUGA